AUGAGUGAUAGUUGACACUAUAUAUGUCUGGUACAUUCUAAAAUUGACAUCGUUACAUAAAAAUGUUCGUAUAUAAAAUGUGUAGCCGAAUAGCUCGGGUUAGCUACAUUGCUAGACGAUUGCUUAGUGAGACAAAGACUAAGAAACACACAGUAGCUGUAAUUGGAGCCGCCGGAGGAAUUGGUCAACCGCUUUCUUUACUUCUGAAGCUAAAUCCCGGAAUUGGGGAACUCAGACUUCAUGAUAUUGUUAAUAUUCCUGGUGUUGCGAUGGAUUUAUCUCACAUUGAAACUGCAUCCAAAGUCACCCAUUUUACGGAAAAAAGUUCAUGUGCUGCGCUCAAAGGAGGUGUUGAUAUUAUCAUAGUGGUCGCGGGGCUGCCACGAAAGCCUGGCAUGCAAAGAAGUGAUCUCUUUAAAGCGAAUGCUCAAAUUAUUUUUGAUAUUGCCAAGAAUAUGGCAGAACUCUCUCCAGAAGCGAUUUUGCUGAUCGUAACAAACCCGGUAAAUUCAGUGAUUCCAAUAGCAUGUGAAGUUCUGAAAGAUGCAGGAAAACUAUGCGCUCGUCGAGUUAUUGGAGUGUCUACCUUAGAUUCAGUUAGAGCCGCGACAUUUAUAGCAGAAUUAACUUGCUGCGACCCUAGAGAUGUGACUGUCCCUAUAAUUGGUGGACAUUCUGGAAAUACCAUUCUGCCUUUAAUAUCUAAGGCCAAUCCUAAAGUUUCCAUCGAAGGGGAGAAACUAAUGAAACUUAUUAAGAGGAUUCAACAAGGCGGUACAGAGGUAGUUGAAGCAAAAGCCGGAAAAGGCUCGGCAACUCUAUCCACUGCCUAUGCAACUUCCAGACUAGUUUUUGCGAUCCUUCGAGCAUUUGGUGGGGAGUCUAAUAUUGUAGAAUGCGCAUAUGUUAAGAGCGACGUCCACCCAGAACUAAAUUAUCUCGCCACACCCUUAAUACUAGGUCAAAACGGGGUGGAGAAAAACCUGGGAAUCGGAAAAAUGAGUGAAUGCGAACAGAAGCUCUUCUGCGAACUAAUCCCCAAUUUGAAGAAAGAUAUUGAGGAUGGGGAAAAAUUUGCAAAAGAAGCUCUUUGCAACACCAAGUGCGAAAAGUAACUUGAGGUCAUCGGACGGCAAUGUGGCUUUCAGACACUGCUCUCAAUUAUCAAUUUCAAUUAACUGUCUAUAGAUAAAAGAAAUCAAUAUAUGAUCGAUAAUA